AUGGGUUGUUUGAUUUGGGAACAUUUUGUUAAUUUCACCGUGCGCCAGGGUCCUGAGCAUGUUGGCAGAGUAGUGGUUGAAGGAGUGGAAGGUGAUGUACAUGUCUCUGUCUCUGUUGGUGAAGAACAAGGGAGUGAUGAAGAACAAGAAAGUGAUGAAGCACAAGGGACUGACUCUGAUGAAGAAGAAGAUGAAAACGAGUCUGAAAAUGUGGUUGAAGAACAAAAUGUUGAUGUGGAGCCGCCUACUGAAAUUGCUAUCAAUGGUAUAGAAGAUUUGGGGAUGGUAAAUUUCAAACAACUAUCUGUCAAUGAUAUAGUCACCUAUCACUUCCCGGAUCGUGAGGUUGCUUACUUGUUCUACAGUUGGUAUGCUCGGAUGCAUGGAUUUGCUGCGAGGAAGGCUAAGGUUCUAAAAAACAAUCAUGGAGAUGUAAUCCAACAGAGAUUUGUUUGCUUUAGGGAGGGUAAAAGGAAAGAGAAAGAGGAGCCAGAAGUUGAUGUUCAUGCUGGUGAAAAGAGAAAGCGUUUUCCAAAAAAAGCCACAAGAUGUGAGUGUAAGGCUUAUUGUCAGGUCCAUGUUCAUAAGGAUAACAAGCGUUGGCAUGUUAAAUCUGUUUGUGAUGAUCAUAAUCAUGUACUUGUUGAAGAAAAUUUGAUUGGAUUGGCACCCACUCAUAGGAGAAUGAAUGAGGCUGACAUUACUCAAUUGAAUUGCUUUAGGAAGUCAGGAAUCACCACUCCACAGGCUUAUGGUGUGUUUGCCAACCAGAUGGGUGGAUAUCAAAAUGUUCCAUUUGGACCUAGACAAAUGUACAAUGAAAAGUUUAAAAAGAAGAAGGUGGAAGUAUGUGAUGCGAGAGGUGUGAUCGCUUUCUUACGUAAUUUGAAGGAAAAAGAUCCUGACUUGAUGUGGAAACACACUUCUAAUGAGGAAGGAAGGUUGGACAAGUUGUUUUGGAGUGAUGGUUUCAGCCUGGACAACUAUUUAUUGUUUGGAGAUGUGUUGGCAUUUGAUGCCACAUACAAGAAAAACAAGUACAAGCGGCCACUUGUAAUUUUCUCCGGAGUUAAUCAUCACAAUCAGACAAUCAUCUUUGCUGCUACUUUAGUUUCUAAUGAGAAAGAGGAGACAUAUGUUUGGUUGCUUCACAAUUUGUUAGAUGCAAUGCGGGGGAAAGCACCAGUAUCAGUAAUCACAGAUGGAGAUCCGGCAAUGAAAAAUGCAAUUAAAAGUGUGUUUCCAAAUGCGCAUCACAGGUUAUGUGCUUGGCAUCUUCUUCGGAAUGCAGUAAGCAAUGUUGCUGAACCAAAGUUUGUUCAAAUGUUUUCAAGAUGCAUGCUUUGGGAUCUUGAAAUUGUGGAGUUUGAGGAGAGAUGCGCUCAAAUGAUUAUUGAAUGUGGGUGUGAAGACAAUGUGUGGGUUCAUGAUUUGUAUGAGCGGAAAAAGAUGUGGGUUGCUGCAUAUAUGCGGGGUGAAUUCUUCGCGGGGUUUCGUACAACCUCACGGGUUGAGGGAUUACAUGCCCAAGUUGGGAAGUUUGUAGACUCAUGGAACAAUUUGACUGAUUUUAUGCACAACUUAUUUCGAUAUAUGAGUUAUCAGCGACAAAGGGAACUUGAAGCAGAUUUUGCAUCAAUGCACGGUGACCAUGUGCCGCAAACACAAUUGAAUGUGACUUUGUCCAAAACAACCAGUGAGUUCAAAUGCUCUUGUAUGAGGAUGGAAUCAUAUGGCAUUCCAUGCGAUCAUAUUCUUGCUGUUUGUAGAUAUCUAGAUCUGCCUGAAAUUCCCUCAUCAUUAAUUGUGGGGAGAUGGACCAAGGAUGCAAAAGAGGGUCUUGAGCUGCGUGGAGAACAAUUGGGUGCAUGGGACCCCAUGGAUUUGUGUAGAUUUACAGUAUUGAGGGAAAAUUGCAGGCGAAUGUCUAAGGCGGCAUGUAGAGCACCGGAAACAUUCCGUGAAACAAAUGAACUGGUUCUAAAGCAGGCAAGGAAGUUGGAGAAAUUGGAGAAAGGUGAUGGAGUGAAACAAAUUGUACAUGUGGACUACAACCCCAACGAUGCUGAACAAUUCUUGCGUGACCCACUCAAAAUAACCAAAAAUCGACAAUUUUUUAAACAAUCACAUAGUUUGUAG